UAGGUGAAAUAUUAUUUUUUCAAUUUCAAAGGGCAAAAGAUCUCUCUCCUCGCUAAAAUCUCUAUCGAUACAUUAGUUUAGGGUUUCUGGCUUCAAUACUACGUACUGACGAAUCUCCGAUCCGGAUUAGGUACUGUUUUGCACCUUCUCACCCUCCUCGUUCCGGCUGAUUGAAGAAAUUAUUAAAGCUAGAGAAACGGGAAUUCUUCCAAUCUCAGGUUGGUGCUCUUCUAUUUCAAUAUUUUACCAUCUUAUGGUCUCUGAUUGUUGUAGGUGACACUGUUGUUGUUACAAGAAAAUUAGUGCCGACAAGGUGGUAAUGUCUAUUGGGAAUAUAUUGUUCCUGCAACUUCUCAGCAGUCUUAUAAAUGGCCUGAAACUGGAUUCAUUUCACAAAAUGCAUUGAUGAGUUCUGUAGUUUUGCGCAGAAAUUACAUGAUUGGUUAUUCAAUGUGUCCUUCUGAGGAACCAUAUUGUUAAUAUGUGGAUCGAGAAUUUCCUCUAGUUUUGAAUAGAGAAGUGAACGUGAGUGGUGCACAUAGAAGAUAUUGGACUAACCAAUUUUAAGGAACCAAGAGAUAUUGAACAGGAUGAAUCAAGCAGCAGCUCUUAAGAGAAAAGUUCCGAAUCCAAACAAAGCUCAAAGUCCAAUAAAGAAUAUAGGUUUCGAUUUCCAAUACCGAUCAAGUACUGAACUAGCCAAAAAGUUUCAAAUUAAGAGAGAAAAGCUUGCAAGUGAUCGCAACGAUAAAGCUGCUAAAGAGCAUGCAUUACUUGGAGUUAAAAGGAAAAAUUGUAUGCUUGCAACAUUAGAAGGACAAAGUAGACAGAGGUUAACUCAAUCCGAUGUGUCAGUUCAAAAGUUAGGAAGGAAUAGAUUACUGGUGUACGAAUCAAUCCAAUCAUCUUCAAGGGAAGAUCUGAACACUUCACAUAAUAUUGCAAGUAAAUGACAAAUUAAACAAAGGUCAAUUCAAUUGGAGGAGCCCACUCAAAAGCAAGGAAUGAGUAAAUUACCUGUGCCCACAUCCAUGAUCCAAUCAUCUGCAAAGGUAGAUCCUAACACUUUACAUAUGCUCAGAAGAAUACAAGGUGAAGGAGAGAAACAAUUUGAUAUUCAGGAGGUACAAAAUUGCAAAACGGUAAAGACAAACUCAGUCCUACCGUCGACGAGUGUUAAUCAAUUUCUAAAAAAAUAUGGGAUACAAGUUGGUGGUGAAAAAAAUCCUGAUAAUCACCCAGAAAAUGAAGUCAGAUUUAUGUCCUCUCCUAUUAUUGAUGAGCGUGAAAUAGAAUUGGAUAAUUUUGCUGCACAAGAUGAAGUUGGUGAUGAUGAAUUUAUUGGAGAUGAGGACAUGAACAUCGAUGGUGCUGCCGGUGGGACAUUAGAGAAGAAAAGAGUUCGAGGGCAAACAACAUGUAAGAAUAUUCAUGCAAGAAGUUUUGAAGAAAGAGAGGAGGUGACAUAUGAUAAAGGACAAGCAGUUGGACCAACUGACAAGAGAGUGUCUGAUUUGACCAACUUUUUAGAAACAAUUGCAAGGAAUCCAAGAUUUAUCCCCUUGUUGCAUACUAGUUGGCAUGCUGUGUCAAAGGAUAUUAAGCAACGAAUGUGGGAAUAUGUCAAUUCCAAGUUCUUAAUUCCAGCCAAAGGAGAGAAGUGGGUAAUGACUGGUCUUCGUGAUGCUUGGAAGCGACACAAGAGAAAUAUUAAGAAGAAAUAUUUUGAUAAAAUUCUACUAUUGACGAAAUGCUACAAAAUCGUCCCAAUGAGAUACCCGAAGUUCAAUUCCGUCAAUUGAUUGAGUAUUGGGAUGACGAAGAUGUCCAAGCUAUGUGCUAAUUAAAUUCUGAAAAUAG